AGCCGAGGUGGAAGCGCAGCUUUCGGGCGAAAAGCUUCAGGAGCUGCGCAGUAGCAUGACGGCUUUCAGUGAGCCGAUCCAAACCUUCAAGGAGACGCUGGGUGGGUUCUUUCGACCAUUGAUUGAAGCCGAUGUGCUGGAUGUGGCCAGAGAGCAGAUGGACACGGCUGGAAUGGCCGUUGCAGCAAGUUUUGCUGCCUUGGCAUUACUGCCACCUUGGUGA